AGAAGAAGGGAGAGAGAGACAGAGGCUGAGCUGAUCCUCAGUCGGUUUGUGAGGGAACAGGCGAAAGAGAGACCUGCUCACACGCUGACACACAUACACACACACGCACACACACACAGGCACACUCUCAGUCUCAUACACUCUCGCUCUCUUACUCGCGCUUGGGGGGGGGGGGACGGGAAGGGAAGAAUGAGGAAGAAGUCCGAUCUGCUGCGAGCCUUGUCCCAACAAAUGCGGGCAUGCUAAUGAAGCACCGCUCCGGUCAUCCGAUCAUACAGGUCAGCCGGGUCGAACUACAUGGAAACGAGGAGUAGGCAACAAACGAAGAUAACAGCAACAAAUAACCAGGCGCUGCAUGGGAAUCCAGACUCUUCCCUCCUUUCGUGCGUCUCGAUCGGUGGAUACGCCGUCUUGGCUGGCAUAUAAGAGCUCCCUGCGUCUCCAUUACCAUUCCCCACCACUGGCUUACCUCUACUACUACUACUACUACUCCUCUUACUCCUUGUUCUACUAAUAUUAUUAGUAGAGCUACAGUGCAGCUUUUACUACGGACUUCUCCGGAUCGUGGCCACUCAAGGGAAUAAAAGGUUCAACAUCCUCAUUAACACCUCAGAGUACUGGUCUUGACACCAACAUGGCCCGUCGGGAUCACUCCUCCCGCCUGUCCCCGACCAUGAGGUUAACAGUUGUUACGGUGAUCCUCUUCCUUAAUCUCCAUCCCUCGUUGGCCGGGGCACCCCCUGAAGCAAGCCUGGGUGGCUCUGUUUCAGCUGUGUCCACCAAUAAAACUGAAUGCAGUAAACCUGAGCAGUGUUCACAUGGGGUGAUUCUGCCUAUUUGGGAGCCCCAAAACCCAUCAUUUGGAGACAAGGUCGCUCGUGCAACUGUUUACUUUGUGGCUUUGGUCUACAUGUUCCUGGGUGUGUCCAUCAUCGCAGACCGCUUUAUGGCAUCAAUAGAGGUUAUAACAUCACAGGAAAAGGAGAUCACCAUUAAGAAACCCAAUGGAGAAACCACCACCACUACUGUCCGGAUCUGGAAUGAAACGGUCUCCAACCUUACCCUCAUGGCUUUGGGCUCUUCAGCACCUGAAAUCCUCCUGUCCAUUAUAGAAAUUAUUGGUCAUGGGUUUGAGGCUGGCACACUGGGACCCUCCACUAUUGUGGGUUCUGCAGCGUUCAACAUGUUUGUCAUCAUCGGUAUUUGUGUGUAUGUCGUUCCUGAUGGCGAGACGAGGAAGGUCAAGCACCUCCGUGUGUUCUUUGUCACGGCCACCUGGAGUAUUUUUGCCUACAUUUGGCUCUACCUGAUUCUGUCAGUGAUCUCACCUGGCGUUGUGCAGGUGUGGGAGGGGCUGCUCACUUUCCUCUUCUUCCCCAUUUGUGUGGUGUUCGCCUGGAUAGCCGAUCGCCGCCUGCUGUUUUACAAGUAUGUGUACAAGCGCUACCGCACUGGCAAGCAGCGUGGCAUGAUCAUUGAGACCGAGGGUGAUCGUCCACUUCCUUCCAAGGUGGACAUUGAGAUGGAUGGAAAGAUGCUGAACUCUCAUGGUGUUGACUUCCUUGAUGGUCCACUGGGCUUAGAUAUAGAUGAGAAGGACUUGGAUGAGGAGGAAACACGGAGAGAUAUGGCCAAGAUCCUGAAGGAGCUUAAACAGAAACAUCCUGACAAAGAGGUGGAGCAACUCAUUGAGCUUGCCAACUACCAAGUCCUGAGCCAGCAGCAGAAGAGCCGUGCUUUCUAUCGAUGCCAGGCCACCCGACUGAUGACAGGUGCUGGCAACAUCCUGAAAAAACAUGCUGCUGAUCAAGCACGAAAGGCUGUGAGCAUGCACGAGGUUCGCUCAGAAACUGGCGAAAACGAUCCUGUCUCCAAAAUCUUUUUUGAGCCCGGUUCUUACCAGUGUCUUGAGAACUGUGGCACAGUGGCAGUGAAUGUGGUGCGGCGUGGCGGCGACCUGGGCAAGACGGUUUCUGUGGAGUACCGGACAGAAGAUGGCACAGCCAACGCUGGCUCGGACUACGAGUUCACCGAGGGUGUAGUGGUUUUCAAGCCUGGCGAGACGAUGAAGGAGGUCCGUGUGGGGAUCAUUGAUGAUGACAUCUUUGAGGAGGAUGAAAACUUCUUGAUUCACCUUUCCAAUGUCAAAGUGUUGACAUCAGAAGGCGAGGAACCUGAGGAGGGGGGCGAGUCAGCUAAUCACGUUGACUCAGUGGCCUGUCUCGGCAUGCCAUCCACAGCAACCGUUACCAUCUUUGACGACGAUCAUGCCGGCAUCUUUACGUUUGAGGAGCCCGUAUGCCAUGUCAGCGAGAGCGUUGGCACCAUGGAGGUGAAGGUGCUGAGAACCUCAGGGGCUCGUGGCGUGGUCAUGCUGCCAUACAAGACUUUGGAAGGAACAGCGCGAGGUGGUGGAGAAGACUUUGAAGACUCUCACGGCGUCCUGGAAUUUCAAAACGAUGAGAUAUUGUGAGUAACUUUGAUCAGUCUCUCUUAAAAUCAUUAAUUGGUUUUCAUGUAGAUAAUGAUCAGCUUCACUGUCAUUAUCCUCAUAUUUUUCGUAAUUGUUUAUUAUGCAUUUUGUCAGUGUAAUGUUGCAAAUGUUAUUGGUGAUGAAGUGAAAAGGCGAUGGUGUCAGUGCGAUGUGGUGGUUGGGAUGAGCGGUAAGGUGGACUGCUCUCUCAGCACACAACAAAAUCAACAAUGCCCCACCCCCUUUAUGCUUUUUGCCUUGUCUCUGUUUCCUACUUUGCCUUACUUAUGCUCUUCUUUUAUUUUCAUCAGACUGUUCAGACCUCUGCCUUGGUCUCUGCCAUGCUGUGAUGUUAGUCUUCUGUAGAUUUUAUUGAUUUUUGCACUCUGUAGUGUAGUUUAACUAAUAAGUUCCAGUGCUGAGAAGUUGGGAAAGUGAAUUAUUUGUUGGGUGGUCGGUUGUUUGAAUUUCAAGUAAUUCGAAUGUCAUAGCGCUGAAUUGGAACGAGAUGCAUUGAGCUUUCUUUGAGUAAGUCAUGCAGUGGAAAACAAAGAGGACCUAGACACUGGAAAAGGUACAAGAACUCAACAGACAGCAGGGAGCUGGAGAAAUGCUAAGGAGGGACAUCUAUCUAGUCAACUUAAUUUAGAUUAAAAAACCCCAACAACAGUUGCCCUUUUAGGUGGCUUAAUAAUGUGUGAGAACAUCCCAGAACAAACCACUCACGAAGCCAGCUUGAAGUUUAUUUGUCAUCUUUAUUAGUUGAAAAGGGCACUCCACUGGAGCUCCAUUUAAAGAUCCCUGCUGUGAAAUAAGAGCGGCACAGUUUAAAGCUCUUCUCAACCCAAUGCUUAAAAUCUGAUGGUGACUCAUGGUGAGGUUUGUGAUGGCUAUUUGACCACAUUUGAAGAGGACUUUUACCACACUGUUGAUUUUGCUCACGGCCAGCUGCUGUAGUCGUCAUCCUGACCCACACCAAGUGUGGGAAAUUAGCUCCAGCUGUCAGUCUAAUGUUUGUAUAAUACUGGUCAAUAUGCUUUGAAACUGAAGAUAAUUUCACAGUCUUCUAUUCUUGUGUAUAUAUUUUUUCAAAACUGAAGUCCUUUCAUUACCAACCAUUAUAAAGAAUUUUUUUUUGCCAAAACAUUAGGUGACAUGCUGACAGUACAACUGUACAGCUGAUACAGGUAAAUGGCAUUGUACUUAGACUGUAGCCUUGUAUGUUAGUCUCCUAAUAGCUGUUUUAACCUUGUUAGCAGUAAAUAUCAAGCUCAUUGUAUCAUUAUGUUGUUCAGACUUCAUUUACACAUUGACGCGGUGGUUCUUGGCCAGUUUUGGUGGCCAUAUUAGUUUUGCUGUGGACUAUAGUUUUGUAUACAUUUGUUCUCCUUGUAACUGUGAUUGACUUGAAUCUCAUGUCUUUAAUGGUGACGUCUGCUUUGUUAUAAUGCAGUCAUUCAGUGUUGCUAAAGUGCCUACACACAUGCACUCCUGUAGCUGUAUACAUGUAAAACUGAAUGUCUGUUGGUUCUUUUAAUAGGAGCUCUGUAUUGUGUAUUUCUCACAGUAAGGUAAAAUACUCUUGCGAAUUAUCAUUUCUGGGCAUUGUUCUGUAAGGUUGUUGGGCUUGUACCUUUAGCGAGAUAUAUACCCUGUAACAUACUUCAGCAGUUUACCUUGUUACCUUUAGGCAUUAUGUUUAUUUAUGGGAGCUGUGAUCAUCCCUAAAUAUCAUCACAUGUUACCGGCUGUAUAACAACCGUCAUUUAAAUAUCCACACCAUCACUGUUUCGUUGACCACUCAAUCGAUCCCAGUAUAGCAACUGGAAUGAGGCUGAAGUAACUGAUACUGAGUAUACUGAUGAAAUGAUUUCACUAAAUCAACUGUACUGCUUUCUUAUAAAAUGGAUUUCUGACCUAUAAAUCAGAUGCUAAGAGUGUUUAGUUAGUGAGUCUUUGCCCAUACUGUUUAUCUUAGCUUUUCUGGCUGUGGAGGAGGUUCUUUAUCUUCACAGAGAACAUGAGCACGACUGUGAACUGCUGCUGGUGUGGUCUCAUAAUAAGUAAAUGAGAUUUUAAAGCUGAUAUUGAACUACAGGAAUAAACUUUACUUGACUUUGUUUAGCAGUGCGGAAAGAGAUGGAAAGCACUGUGCUCUUUUAGCUGGCUGGCUUCAGUUAUUGGUUACUGUAGUUUGCCUUGGAAACCAAAGGUUUGCUUACAGUGCUUGUUUGGAAAUGUUCAGUUUGUAUGAGAGAUGGAAGAAGAGUUGUAAUGACAUUAAACAAAGUGUGCUGCCAUAAUGAAUGAAUAGGAGAGACGCUGUCUUAGUAACAGUAGUCUUAAACUCUUUCUGUGUCAGCCUCUACUGUUUUAGGUCAGAUUUGAAGCAGAUGUCUGCAGGACUUGCUUUUUCAGCCUGUGGCAGACAGAAUAGUUUCCACAGCUUAUAGCGCUUACAGCCAGGAAUAAGUGGGUUUUAAUAAUACUUUGUCCAAAUCAAAUGAUGGACUGUACAUCCGGCUAUCAUGGUUACUGUGAGUGUGUGUGUGUGUGUGUGUGUGUGUGUAUGCUUGUGUGUAUAUGUGUGUUUCUUUAGGGGAAGACUGAGUUGCUAAGUGAUGACUGUAGACUACAGGAGAUUGGCCUGAAGUGAAAAGUAUUCUAAACAUGCCACAAAUGUUAUCUAUGUUGUGUAGAAGCCAUUUUGCUAUUGGGAAAUCAGGGGUUUGAUUCCCAGACAAGUCCUUUAACCACUUGGGGAGUAAGUGUGCCUAUAACUCAUCUGUGGUGACUUUUUUAUAUGAAUAAGUUAAAACUGUAGGUGCUAAAUCAAAAGGAAACCCCAAAGCAUUAUAAAUAAUAAUAACAGAGAGACCAAAAAUUAAGACUUCAUGUCAUGGCGAGCGAUAGAAUAUCUGCAAUUUUAACAGUAAUUUAACCAAAACUUGAGCGUUCAUUUAAGAAUAACACACAUGACUGCAACAUGGUAACUUAAUUUGUGCACAUGCAUAAAUCUUAGUUAAAGUAUUUUAACUUUGUGGUUUUAUACUUCACUGUACCAUCCUUCUUUCCAAGCCUUGGAGUCAAGCAGUUGCUGCAUAUAAAAAGGAGGAUGCUACACUGUGCCUUGUCUUCUGGAUAAAGUUUCACGCCUUUAAUGUGAUGCAGUUAAAAAAUAGCUGCUCUUGAUAUAUGGCCAGAAACUGGUUAUGCUGUUGCAAGCACAGCAAAGGAACUAAACUUUUAAGGACAGAUACAUGUAACAAAUAAUAUGGUAACAAAUAGUAACGACAACUUACCGUUCCAUACCAUUUAUGGCCCUAAUUAUUUUGCAACACUUGUCCCAUGCUGGGCUUUUUUAGAAAAUAUGCAUUCCCACAGAAAUACACAGUGUAAGUCAGAAAUGAGCCAUUGGGGCCCUGACAUGUCCCUUUAGGGAAAAGCAUUGAACGAUUUUGCUGAGAAAAAAGAAAUUACAAAAUAGCUGAUCUAAAUAUGAUUGCCUCGAGGCUGACUCUACCCUGAUUCUGUUUUCUGUGACAGAGGAGAGGGAAUGAGGUAGAAAGAGAGAGAUAGGGGUGGUACUGUGAGGAGAGAGAUUAGUGUGAAUGGAGGCAGUGAUGGGAGCGUAGUGGGGUGGACGGAGGAGGGAGUGAGAAAGAGAAAAGUUGUAGUUCUCUAAAGUUGUGGUAAUUUUCUAUACGUACUAGCCCCUGCCUUUUUUUUCUCCAAUUUUCUUUUUCACUCCUUUGUAUCUCUGCGUCUGAAAGAGGACCUGUGCAAUUUGUCUCCAGAGUAGCUUGUGAGGUCUUGCCUCGUGUGUUUUGUGAAAGACGGAAAUGUACAUGAUUGUGUUUGUGUGUGUGAGAGAGAACAAUAGGAAGAGCACAUAGACAACACCACAUCCAGUGCUCAGUGCUGUCAAAUUACCUCUCUACCAGCUCAGUGCUGCACAUUUGUGUUUGUGUGGGUGUACUAUGCUAUAACCACCUUGUGGUUUAAUGUGCCAAUACAGAUGCUUGAAUUUACCAGCUGUGACAUUGACACUGGUAUUGUUUUCACUUUGUAGGUCUGUCUAUCCGUCAUCAUGACAAGAUGUUGCUGGAAUUACCACAAUGAUGGUUUUGAGCCCUUGGGAGAUGUUUAUUUGUCUGUCUUUAUGCAGAUUUUGCCACAAUAAUAGUACUGCAAGAUACAGUGAUGAAGGUUUCCAAGUGUAAACAGGAUGUAGUCAAAGAACUCCUUGGGAGGCAGUAAUUUAAAGUACUACUACUAGGGCUGCAACAACUCAUCGAGUAACUUAAAUAACUCUAUUACAAAAAUCCUUGGGCCAAAUUCUUUGCUUCAGUGAUUUAAUCCAUGUAAGCGUUUCUACUACAUCUGUAACUAAAAUCAGACCUGCAGUGGAAAUGUAUUUAGGAGUGUGCAUAAGAAUAAAAACUAAUACAACAUUAACCUCAAGCAGCCCCACAAAAAGACUGAUAACACAAGCCAAAGUGAGGAUGGUGUCGUCAUUGUUUAGAAUGGAGUCUGUCUACACAGACAGCAAAGAGGCGGAGCCAUCAAGGUGAGCUCAGGUGGAGUGAAAGAAAGAAUGCUUCUAGUAUCCAAAACUGCCUCAUUAAAACCUUUACUGGGAAAAAGCAGAUGAAAGUCCCUCAUCAAACAAUCUGAUCAACAAGUGAACUGCUUCCACCCACAGCUGUUUGUUUUGCGUAGCAAGAAAUCUACAAGAAGCUACAAUAAAGGCACAUAAAUGCCAAAUUUUAAAACUAAAUAUUGGACAAAAUAAUUUGCAUGUGUUUUUCUGUAUAUGCCUGUAUUACCACUGCUAUUGUAUUGCAUACAUGCUAUUAUAAACUAGUAUCAUAACACCUGUCUUAUGAUGAGCAGUUUUAUCCAGAGCACCUUCCAGCGGUCUAAGUGGCUCUAUUUUUAUUAUAGAUGAUCCUGAUGGAAUUGGCAGACUACUUAAUGCAAACUGGGCCAGCAAUUCAGUUUUUCUAAAGCUUGUCAUUGAAACAGUAUUUUUAGAAAAUGGAAAGGGCAGUCAGGUUGGAUAUUAUAUAGAAAAAAUUAAAGUACAAUCAACGUGUGGUUCAUUAGUAAUCAGCGAAGCAGUGUUUUCCAAGAGAGCGAGCCCUUGUUUCACAUGCCGUCAUACUGAGGUCAAAAAGUUGAGUAAACAGAUCAUGCAGGUGAAUAUGCACAAUGACAUGCGAAUAUGAAAAAACAUGCAUACUUACACAUCUAAGCAAACUGGUGGUGCACACACGUCUACAAAACACAACAUCAGUUGUUUUGCUGUGCAAUCAGUCACUUUUUGACCCCGCGAGGGAGCAAAUAUAUGCACACAUAGAUACAUACCAAUUAUGCAAUUUCCAUAAACAGGCAGCAAGUGGAGAAACAUGGUGUAGUUGAGAAUCAAAUUAGGCUCCCUCCUACACUCACACACACAUGCAUACACACGAUGAGCAGACUGGGAGUUCACACUCUAAUAACCAGGACAGAUCGGCCUUUUGAGAUGCAUGGUUAGAAGCUAUAGAAAUGUGGGAUGUGUCUGUGUGUUUUUAUGAGUAGGCCUGUGUGCUUUUUAAAAAUACAUUCAGAUGGUAAAGAAAUUUGAUUUUUUUUUAACAUUUUGCUUGUCAUCGAGGUUCGGUUUGAUCAAGGUUUACUUCACAGUAGCAUCGAUAUAGAUUUCAUUGUUCCCUUACUUGAAUUGUUUCUCUAUGCUCAAGAGAACUGCGUCACAGUAAAAUGUAUAUUUUAAAUGUUUCGUCAAGUUUGCAAAAAAGAAAAUCCUAAAUGAGAACCACACAAUAAAAAAAACACUUGGCUAACACCUGCAGAUCAUCAAACUGUCUCCAUCUUUUCAUUAACAGUUUGCAUAGUUCCUAAACCUCGAGCAUGCAUGAUGUAAUUGUAUCAUUAUAAAAUGCACAUGCCAAUAAACAAACCGACAUAUUUAUGGACACGCAUACGUUUGAAUGCUGGUGGUAAUGAGGCUUGAUGGGGUUUGUAGGUCACAUGCAUGUACCCAUACACAUUGCACCCUUCUGUCAGAGCAGUACCAUUAGUGAACAUUUCUGAAUUAAUUAGUAGAGAAAGAUGACAAGUGUUGUGGGAGAGCACUUGUUUUUCCACUUAAGGACGGAUGAUUAAAACUAUGUAUGUGUGUGUGUGCGUUGGUGUCUGUGCAGUGUUUCGUAUUUGUUUUAAUAAAUUCCUUUGUUGCUCUGGACAAUGAAGCAAAGUGUGAAACAAUAUCUGCUUGAAUCUUUUUCCUCCUUACAUGUACACACAUUCAACACAGACACACGAACAAGCUUGCACUUUAUGAGGUGUGAAGUCUGUGUUCUCGUGUUACAGAGUACAUUGUUAUCGCACAUCUAAAGGUAGGAGACACCUGUGAUCUUGCGCGCGCUUUUACCGUGCAUGCAUUUGACUUCAGCUUUGAAAUGAUUUUGUUUCUAAUGCUUAAACGACUGGAGUAGUAAACUGACUGAAACAAAUCACGUCCUAUUGUGUGAAAUUCAAUCAUUUUUCGCUUGCCAUUUUCUGGUAACAGCUUGACACGUGUUUAGAUGAGAGACUGUAUAUAAAGGAUGGAUGUAGCCAUAGCGUCUUUGCACAUUUGCUUUGGAUUUUGCCUCAGUGUUAGCACUACUGAUGUCAUCCCAUUUGUUUUUUUGGAGCUGGAAGUCACCCUGAUUACAGUGUUAAGCUAGCAAACUUAGUUAGCAAGCUACAUCCAUAAACUGGUGCAUAUCCAGUGCAGACUCUGCUAAUUAGUGCUAUGUCGCAGACUAAUAAAACACUUAACAAAGCUGAAUUUUAUUGGAAAGGCCGUACCACACAGCAGGCUAUUAUCAGAUAAUUCCACUAAAAAUGUUCCACCAAAACCACAAACAUGGUUGAGAUUUCCAGUUCUGUGACUUAUUUUUUGGAUGACUUACUGACUAAUUAAAAAGAUUAGUAUCUUUAAUGGAUGAUUAAGAUCAUAGCUGCAGUCACAUGAAGGCACAAGCAUUGGGAAAAAGUGUAGGAAACAUGUAGCAAAUGAGGAGAGAGGCUCAAGACUGACAUCAUAUCUUGGCGUUUUUUCACCCUACUUUCCACAAAAUCAGCUUUUAUCUCCGGCAGGCUGCCACAGUCUUUCUCAUGAAGGAGAGCACAAUCAAUGUUUCAGAAUCCUUUGUCAAGCUCAUUACGCUAACCCAUAAGCAGUUGCUUUGUUUACUGUAUAUACCUCUAAAUCAUUGCCAAGCUAUUGCUCACAUGGAAAAACACACAUCAUUUUAGAUGGACACUCAUAAACAUAAUGAGGGAACUGGACCGGACUGAAAUAUGCCAUUUCCACUUGUACUGCAUGAUUGUUUGGGAUAUACAAGUAUGACAAUUAGGCUCUUCAGUGUUUUUUGUAUACCGAAUAACAGAAAAAAGUAGAAGAGAGUGCAAGCAAAAGGGGUGAGGACAAGAGAGGGCAGGUCAGCAGCUUGACAAAUGAGCCCUAACCAGCUGCCUCCACAAAACACUAUUGCCUUGGCAACGGCGGGGAUGGAGAGAGAGAGAGAGUGAGAGGGGGAGAGAGAGAGAUACUCAGAGACAUAAAGGGAGCAAGAGAGUGAUAAAAGACAGGAGAGUGAAAAAGAUGGGAAAGAGGUUGGUCUGGGGUAAAGAGAUAAAGAGCAGAGGCAUAGACUAAGAAGCCAGAUGGGAAACGAUAUUUUCUCAUUUAUUCUUACAGCUGCCAGAUGUGGCUUCUAAUUGUGUUGUUUGAAUUUCGUGAUUAUAAUCUAUGAGUGCAAACUUUGCACUGUUUUUUAGCUGCUAAACAAGUACUUGAUGCACUAUUGCAACACACUCAGCUCAUGAAUAUGUAUCUUAGCAGUUUUAGGAUACAGGGAAUUUUGCAGUCGUUCUAGUUUUAACAAAAGCUAAUAGAAGUUUUUAUGAGUAGAUCUAUGUAAAAAGAUGUCACAAUACAUCACCAACCAUUCUUGAAUUACAGCUUUCACUUACUUGCCCUCCAACUUGUUUGUUAUCCCUCUGGCAAAUAUAGCUGCAACUGAUUGUGUCACAUCUUCCAUUCACAAGUUUGCCAACUAGCACAUUCAGCUACAAGGAACAGCGCUUCCACUGAACAGCCACUCCCUUUACCCUGUGAUGACUCGGUUGAGAUCCACUGCACACUUUAAGAAUUCAAGCACUUAAACAUGUAUAGGCAUCUACAACUGAGCUCACAAACAUGCAGUGCUGUUUUCACAGUAAAGAAUUUCAAGAAGGAUGUGACUCUUAAUGAAUUAAUCCCUACAACAAAGCAGGAACUGAGGCAUUUGCUUUGAAGUGGUGGUUUUAGCAUAAGAGCAUUCUGCUUUUAAGUCAGUCUGGUCACUUGCUUUACCUAUUUUAGGUAUCAUGAGCCAUUUUUAAACCUGUGGCAUCAUUCUUUAUAUAGUGUAGCUCUUUGCUUGGUGCUUAUCCUUAUGAAAGAGGGGCUUUAAUAAGAGCACUGGCAUAUUCCCUGGUCUGUCUGUCUGUCUCCACUAAGUAGUUCUAAUGGAUGACUAUGAGCAGGCUAAUGCUAUUAUGUUGAUGUUAAUUUUUUGGCGAGCGGGGUCUGUGAUAUUGGAACUGAAUCCCACUGGGUUAUUUAUUCUUCACGUUAGUCGCAGAGGAAUCGCUGAGGUCGGAAGAUUGCCAAAUGUGUGUUGUAUGUAUAUGAACUUGACAGGUUAAGUGAAACAGAUCAUUGUUGUUUAUACCAUGGGAUAUUUCGGUUGCGUGUGUUAAACUUUGUGUGUGAGAGUUCUUUGAAUAUUAUCAGCUGCCACAGUCAAAGAUGGAUAUAACCUCUGUGUCUGAAAAGUGAAGUCAUUUCAUUGCGUUAUUUUUACUGGCCAGAAGAGGGCGACUCAUGUGGUUGCAAAAACACUUCAGUUUGUAUAGAAAUCUGUGCAAGAGUAGUACUCUGAUCCCUUUCUCUGUGACGUUGGGAAACAUGGAUUUCUGGGUUCAAUUACUAGAUUUAGUUAAUUCAUGUUCAUUUUCAGCAAUAUUCUCCUCAUUAGUCCCUCUGAGUUGCAUUUGCAUGUCCUCCCUGUGCUUGUGUAGGUUUCCUCAGGGGGCUCAUGCUAUCACAAACAUGUUCACUUACUUCGCCUAUCACUGUGUUCUUCAUGAAGGUAUUGGCUUACAUUCUCUGCACAGUGGCUUCCUACUGCAUCAUAAUGUGUAGGACAAGUUAAAGGAUCAGUUUCACUACAGGAAUAAAUAAAGGAUAUAUUAUCCUCAUACACUUCGAUCACCAGAGUGGCUUUAAAUCCAAAUCUCCAGAUUCAGUUGGCAGUUACUUUUGGGUGAAAUUCGCCCUGCGUGUCAUGCGUUUUGAAGACAUGCAGUGUUCAGCAGGGAAAUUGAGUAGGAAAGAGUUUAAGCCUUUAAUAGUUGUAAGGAUACAAAAACCUGAAAAGGAGAGCUUCCCCAAAUCCCCAAUUAUUUAGCAAAGGGCUCUUCUCUGUAUGAUCAGUAUAACCUGUAUGGCCAAUAAUCACACCUCUACAUACAUUUUUUGUUUUACAUACAAAUGUGAACAGGUUCAGCGAGGAAAACAAUAUUUUUUAGAAUCUAAAGUUAGUUCACAUUCCUUUUCAUUUAAAACCAAGGUAUUGCAAGUGAUGGGAAAUGUUGUGUAUGUGUCGAAAACAAGCACAUAUCGCAUCCUUCUGUUUAGUGAGAACGUAAUUAAAACAUUACAACAGGACAGGUCAGGUAUAGGUCUCAGUUUUACUACUAGGAUUUGGAGUUUGCUGGUUGAAAGGGGCUUGGUUUAAUGCUUGCACUGCCUUUUGUGUAAAAGACAUUAACCCAAAGCAAAACAUUUCUUUGUUUUACAAGAAGUUGGGAAGACAGACGGUGUGUGUGUGUGUGUGUGUGUGUGUGUGUGUGUGUGUGUG